AUAUGCGAUAUAUCGUAUCUCGCUAUUCUCGUUUGUGAAACUAGUGUGUGUAUUUGUUGAAAGCAAAUCGAGAUAUUCACGUGACUCCCAUUUACAUCAGUAAAUUGGUUGCUCGGUGGGUUCAGCCCAUUUUUAAAAGACAUAGAAAAUUUAUUUAUUACAAAGAAAAUGGGAGCGUCAAUAAUACCACUGUUACUUUUUACGGCAUUAUGGGCUGUAGUAGGAAUUGUUUUACCAAUCUUUGUUCCAAGAGGUGCUAAUCGUGGGAUCCUUCAGGUUAUGCUUAUGUUGACAGCAUUUACAUGUUGGUUAUUCUGGUUAUGUUGCUAUAUGGCUCAAAUGAAUCCUUUAAUCGGACCAAAAUUACCUAAAAAUACGAUUCUUAUGAUGGCACGAGAAUGGAGCCACGUUCAAUUUAAUCAAUAGUAGAAUAAUCAUAGGAGGAAAAUGCAUUUAUUAUGGGUAUAUCAAACUGUUUCUAAAAGUUUGUAUAAUUAGUGAAUUGUAUAAUUACUACAAUGAAAGUGAAACAAAUUAGGCUUUUGUGUAUAUCGGAAGUUUUAAAAAUGUAAAUCAAGUAUUAAAGGAAACAUUCUGAUAAAUUAAAUUAAUAUAUAUAUAUAUAUAUAUUUUAUGACAAUUGUAUAUUUUCAUUUAGUGUAAAACAUUGUUUUAGUAUAAUCUCAUACUGUGAAAAGGACGAUGUAUAUUAUGUAACAGAGAUAAUAAUAAUAAUAACAGCGCAACAACAAUAAUAAAAUAAUUCAUGUUCGAAU